AUGGACGUCAAAAAAUGGAAAAUAUCUUGGUCUCCCACAAACGCUGAGACGUUCCGCUACAUCCCAGCAGCCACUGGUCUGACCCCGGGACCUACACGCUAUGCCACUCUCCGAAUCGUUGACCCCAUAUCCAGCUUCGCGCUGUUUCUAACGGAUGAGAUCGUGAAGCAUAUUGUGUCCAUGACAAACCUGCAUGGGAAUCGCAAAAUUCCCGGCUGGCGAGAUAUAGACGCAGAGGAGUUUCGGGCUUAUGUGGGGCUGCUCGUUUUGUCCGGUGUUUACAGGUCAAAACACGAAUCCACGUUGAGCCUCUGGAGUGAAAAAUGGGGACUGAGCAUUUUCCGGGCUACGAUGUCCGAGAAAAGGUUUCACCACAUCAGCAGAGCACUGCGGUUCGAUGAUAAGCUAUCCCGCCCCCCACGCCGUGUUGACAAGAUGACUCCCUUCCGCAAAGUCUGGAAUAUGUGGACGCACCGCCUGGAGAUGCUGUUCAGCCCAGACAGAGAUCUCUGUGUGGAUGAACAACUCGUCGCGUUCAAAGGCAGGUGUAGCUUCAGGCAGUACAUGCCAAAGAAGCCGGCCAAAUAUGGUAUCAAGAUUUGGGCAGCCUGUGAUGUCAAAACAUCCUACGCAUGGAGACUGCAGGUGUACACGGGCAAAGCAGCUCCAGAUCGUGUUGAAGUUAACCAGGGGAUGAGGGUGGUCCUGGACAUGACAGAGGGGCUCCAGGGACACGUCGUCACCUGUGAUAAUUUUUUCACUUCCUGUGCACUGGCAGAUGAGCUACUCAAGAGGAAAAUGGCCCUGGUUGGCACAAUUCGCCAAAACAAGCCUGAGCUUCCACCUCAUUUGCUCCAGGCAAAAAAGAGAGAGAUCUUCUCCUCCAUCUUCGCUUUUACAAACACCCACACACUUGUGUCUUACAUCCCCCGACGGGGCAAGAAUGUGCUGCUACUAAGCACAAAACACCGCCGCCCAGACGUGAGCAAAGAAGGGAAGAGAAAGCCUGUAAUAAUCGAAGAUUACAACAAAUGCAAAGGAGGUGUCGACAACCUUGAUAUGGUUGUUGGCACCUACUCCUGCAGGAGGAAAACAAAUUAUUGGCCACUGGCCCUCUUCCACAACGUCCUUGAUGUUUCACUUUACAAUGCCUACGUCCUGUGGAUAUCAAUCGAGUCAUCCUGGCAGAAGCGGAAAGGACACAGACGGAGGGUCUUCAUUGAAGAAGUGGGAGAAAUGCUGGUGAACCCACACAUAGCAAAGAGAGGGCGCCUUCCUCGCUCAUCAGCCGCUGCAGCAGUAGUCACAAAUCUGACUACUGCUGCAGCGGCUACAGGCCACUCUCCCAUCAUUAAAUGUAAGAGCAGGAGGCAGUGCGAACUUUGCAAAGAGAAAAGGAGAAGAGUUGUCAACACCUGCUGCAAAUGUGAGAAGUAUACAUGCAAGGACCACAGUGUGACCAUUUGUAACAACUGCCCCAUCUGAGCAGUAGUGAUGUGCGGAUCGAUCCUGAAAUAUCGAUUCCUCCGAUACCAAUCGUUUAUGUUCUAGAAUCGAUUCUCA